ACAGAGCAGGGAUUCCAACACCCCCUCCCUGCUGCAGUGGGCUCCGGGCAUCACCACAGGGGGUAGGAACCACCGGUGCACCGGAACUCAUGUUCGGGGAGUGAUCCGGGGGGGACUUUCCGUGCUGUACCGGCGGAAGUGGGCGCACGGACGGUGUUGGGCGCUGCGCCGGCAUGGAGCCGGGGGGAGAGGCGGCUUCGGGCGGGAAGAAACGUGGGAGAAGCGGAGCUGAAGAAUCGGAGCUGUUGACGGUACCAGAAGGGUGGAAGGAGGCACCAUUUACCAAAGAAGACAAUGUCCAUGGGCUCCUGGAGGAGAGCAGCUUUGCGACCCUGUUCCCUAAAUACAGAGAGGCCUAUCUGAAGGAAUGCUGGCCUUUGGUGCAGAAUGCACUGAGUGAUCACCACAUUAAAGCAUCAUUAGAUUUGAUCGAAGGCAGCAUGACAGUCUCCACCACAAGGAAGACAUUUGAUCCAUAUGCUAUCAUCAAGGCCAGAGACUUGAUAAAACUUUUGGCAAGAAGCGUUCCGUUUGAGCAAGCAGUUCGUAUUUUUCAGGAUGACGUGGCGUGUGACAUCAUUAAGAUAGGCUCACUUGUCAGGAACCGCGAGCGAUUAGUGAAAAGGAGAACAAGGCUUAUUGGACCAAAGGGAUCAACAAUUAAGGCCUUGGAGUUGUUGACAAACUGCUACAUUUUGGUGCAAGGGAAUACCGUGUCUGCACUGGGGCCAUACUCUGGGCUUAAAGAGGCCAGAAAAGUAGUCAUUGAUACCAUGAAGAAUAUUCAUCCGAUCUAUAAUAUCAAGACGUUGAUGAUUAAACGGGAAUUAGCAAGAGACAAGGAGCUAAGGAUACAGAACUGGGAGCGCUUUCUGCCUACUUUCAAACCCAAGAACAUAAGCAAACGCAAAGUGCCCAAAAAGAAGAGGACCAAGAAGGAGUACACACCUUUCCCUCCACCACAGACAGAAAGCAAGAUUGAUCAGGAACUGGCAACUGGCGAGUACUUUCUCAAGGAGAAAGACAAGAGGAGAAAAAAAUUACGUGAAACAAAGGCAAAGGAAGCAGAGGCAACAGCUAGACGAAUGGAAGAAAGAAAUAAAGCUUUUAUUCCUCCUAAAGAGAAACCCAUGGUUAAAGCAAAGAAAGCUGUAGAAACCAAAAUUGAUGUUCAAGUUUUUAAAGAAAAAGUGAAAGCAGCCAAGAAAAAGAAACUAGGAGCUCCAGCAGCAGAGGAAGUUGCACAGAAGUUGGCUCAAAAGGAGAAGAAGAAAAAAUAAAACUGGCUUAAUUUUUCACAUCUCCUAACAUGCUUUUGACAAGCAUGGUUGAACCAUCUAUGACUGGCGUCAUGCUCAUUGAGGCUGUAUCAUAUUUCUCACCACUGCUGAUGGUUAAAAAUAGCCAACAAACAUGAAGUGGAAACAGAAGAGCUCAGCUAUUGAUGUUUGAGGAUGGGACUGAUUCAUGCAGUUGGACCAGUACAUGUGAUUCCCCAGCUAUCUCCUAUCUCAGAAUGGUUAACUGGUUCAAUCAGAUCUUGACAGCUGAGCACUAGGUGCUUUUUAUUGUCACCAUCAGUUGAUUCCUUGAUCAGGAUGACUUGGGUAUGAUUUUUUUUAAAUGCAGGUAGGGGGAAAAAAUCCAUUCUAAACCUUGUGUUAGUAGUCUUAGUGGGCACAGAUUGUGGGGGUAUGUUUCACCUGACUACUGCAUUCAGAAACAUGCAAAGACUUUGACUGAAAUUCAUGCAGACUGCACCUAUCCUGCUGUGUCCAUUUCUGUGUGAGCGUUCUCAGUCUAGCUGUUGCCCGUGAAGGUAAAAUUAUUGUUUUUCUUCGAGGUAUUGGAAAUGAAGCCUUCCAUGAACUUCAAAGACAGUGAAAUCUGUUUAGUGUGGAGAUGGAACUGUUCAGUCUAUUGGACAUGGUACCAUGCAGAGAAAAUGUUUUGAAAUUUCUACUAUGGUAUCUGACGCCUUGUGUAAUGUCUAAAAUUAACUGAUUUUGUUUCAUUAAAUGUUUAUAAUUAAC